CGAGAUGAUCCGGGACCUUCUCAACCCAUCUUCUGGGUUCCUGGACCUGAGAGAGGAUUCUAAAGGAGUGAUCCAGGUGGUUGGCAUCACAGAGGUCUGCACUAUCAACGCCCGAGAGAUCAUAGAGCUGCUGAUGAAGGGUAAUAAGCAUCGUACCCAGGAGCCCACGGCAGCCAACCAGACWUCGUCCCGGUCCCAUGCCGUGCUGCAGGUGUCGGUCAGGCAGACGAGUCGCUGUCGAGACCUUCUACAGGAAGUCCGCUUCGCGCGACUCUUCAUGAUCGACCUUGCCGGCUCAGAACGAGCCUCACAGACACAGAACAGAGGUCAGAGGUUAAAAGAAGGGGCCCACAUCAACCGCUCCCUCCUGGCUCUGGGUAACUGCAUCAACGCCUUGAGUGAGAAACAUGGUAACAAAUAUGUCAACUACAGGGACAGCAAGCUGACGCGCUUGCUGAAGGACUCGUUGGGAGGCAACAGUCGCACAGUGAUGAUAGCCCACAUUAGCCCCGCCUCCCUGGCCUUCGAGGAGUCUCGCAACACGCUGAGCUAUGCUGACCGUGCCAAAAGUAUCCGCACACGGGUGAAGAGGAACCUGCUGAACGUGUCCUACCACAUCGCUCAGUACACCAACAUCAUCUCUGACCUGCGCAGCGAGAUCCAGCGGCUCAAGAAGAAGAUCGCCGAUCAGGCUGGACGUCAGCUCAACUCUGACCGAGCUGACAUCCGCCAUGUCCAGGCAGAGGUGCAGGCCCACAGCAUGCAGGCGAGCCGAGCAGAGAUGGACCAGCUGAGGGAGCAGCUCCUAGAGGCCUUCAGGAGUCAGAUGGAGAUCAGGAGGAGCCUGAUGGAGCUGGACAACAGCAACAUGGAGAUCCAGAUGGACAUCUCCAAACACCUGCUCACCAUCGCAGAUUGGGAGCAGGAGCGGAGUCGUCGUCGCAGGAAGUGGCGAGCGGAGAGGAGGAAGGAGAGCUUCAGUAAGGAGGAGAGUGAGAAGGAUUCUGACUGCCCUGAGUCUCUCCCAGACAGCACUGAGACCCAGGAAGUAACCAUGGCCAGAGAGAACGUGGUCACUCUCAUUGCUGAACAGAACAAGAUACGCGAACAGAAAGCGUUGCUGGAGCGCUGCUUCGUGGAGCUGCGGGAGCGGGCCAGGCGCCUGGAGGAGCUGCUCCCUUGCAGGGUGAGCUCUGAAGAGCAGAGGGAGGUGCUGGGCCUCCUCUGUAAGGUCCACGAGCUGGAGAUUGAGAAUGCGGAGAUGCAGUCCCACGCCCUGCUCAAAGACAACGUGAUCCGGCAGAAGAACUGUGUGGUGCAGCGCUUCGAGCAGCACCGCCACCUCUGUGACGAGCUCAUCCAGCAGCAGAGACGGUUUAUUGACGACCACAGACUCCUGGUGCCCCCCCACCUUCAGGAGCUGUAUUGGAUGUACAUGAGAGAGCUGGAUGAGAGGAACCUGGACAGAUCCCUGGACAAGGAGGGCUCCCUGCCCAAGAUCACUCUGCCCAGCCGAAGCCGUGACCCGGGGCAGGACGUGGACUCAGACCAGGAGAGCGUUCGCACCAUGGGCUCAGAGACCAGGCAUGGCCGGGCCAAGACCCGCAGACACACCCUGCCACCCAUCCUACCUGAACCUGAAGGAGACAACAACCAUGUGUGUAAGAGCAGUCCCCAUGCCAGACAGAUGAAACAUUCUGCUGUGUUGACCCCUCCUCCCAUCCACUUCAACGGCCAGGGGAACAGAGAGCUGCAGCCAUUGGCCCUAGAGACAACUCUGAACUACAGCCACCUCAGCCACAGUGUCAGCAGUCACCUGGACUCCUCCCCUGAGAGCAGCGAGACGGGCCAGGACGUCCCCCUCACACGAAAGGAGAGGCAGCAGAUCCUCAAAGGGGUUCACAACAUUGCAGUGAAGGCUGCUCGCCGCCGCUCCAAAGCCCUGGAAGUGGACGCCCUGCGGCUGCCUCCUCCUCCCUCCCCCCUGGACCCCAAGAAGCACAAGAGCAGCCUGUCUCUGAGUGAGGCGCCCCCUAGGGGCCUGGCCCUGCUCCGCGGCCGGCAGCCCAACCCAGAGCCCCGCCACGACACCUCAGAUGAAAACUUAUCCAGCAGCACGGGGGAGGAGCCUGUCUCCCAGGGCACCUGGACACGCCCACGUAAUCGCCAGCCGGCCUCCAAGAACCCAAACCUCUCCCUCCGCGAGCAGGACUUCGAGGCUCGCUGCCGGAAGAGACGCUCCCGCUCGUUCGAAGUCACAGGUCAAACACUGUAUCAGUCUAAGACAACGGCAGCCCAGCGUAUACGCCCAUUGGACAGCACGUCAGACCCCCACCUCCACAUCAACGGGCAGCCCCAGGCCCCCCUCUUACGCCCCCAGCACAGGGGGGUCCCUUCUCUCACCAACGUCCGGCUGCCACACAACAACCACCAAACAGGCCCCAUCACAGAGUCCUCCCCAGUCCACCUGAGCAACCUGAAGCGUGUGUCUCAGCUGCGCCAGCCCAUGCUCUACACCACGGGCACCGGAGGUCAGCGCACCCGCAGGCACUGAGGGCCUAAAGGCCUACUUCUCCAGGGUCAUGUUCAUUAGGGCAUAGAAUGGACAUUUUUGCAAUGGACAAGAAAAAUGAGUCCAGGUAGUCCCUUCCUGUUUUCUUCAGUUUGGUGCCUGAUGAUCAUGACCCAGGGUUUUCUUACACAGGACUUCCCAACACCAGCACUACCCUGACCAGCUGACCCUGAGAAUGUUGAUUGGACUAGAUGGACUGGACUGGAGAAAGCUGGACCUCCAAUCUCCACCUUCAUGCUCCUGAUUGACUCACAGCCCAGUCUAACCCUGGAGCCUUGAMCCCCCUUAUGUCCUCUGGCCCGUGACCUCUGACCUGUGACUUCCACACUGGCUGUACAUUGAACCCAGAGACCUAGCUUUUCCUCAUGCUGAUCACUAGUAGGGUGGAUGAUGCCCCAAGACCUCACCAUCACAGACCCCAAAGAUCUUCUGUCUGUGACUUUUACUCUUCUAUCUGUGACUUUGUCUUAAAUGGCGCCCAAGUUCUAUAUAGUGCACUACUUUUGACCUGGCCCUGGACAAACGUAGUGCACUAUAUAGGGAAUAGGGUGCCAUUUCAGACACAGGCUGUGACUGUUUUCUCUGCUCCUCGUUUCCCUGCUCAAGUGGUACUGUGAGUGACCGUUCAGUGGCCACCACUAACCACUACUAUGGUCCUGUACACAUUCCGGUUCUACAGAUGAUUUGGCACGGUUGUGAUACUAAAGACUUUUUCUGCAUACAAAUAAUUACAAAAGCCUUGUGGACACACUGCAUAAUAGUUGUUUCUUCUCUCUUCUUUAUGAACACGUUUUAUAAAUAAAUUUCUUUCUACAGCUUAUCAGCGUACACCCAAUAUGUUCCCCCUGUUGAUGAUGCUUAUUAUUCAUUA